UUUGUCGAUAGAUUCAAAUCUGCGUGUAUAAUAGCAAAUACACACGAGAAAUGCAAGACUGUUUAAAACAAAAGAACUUCAGCGUGACCAUCGAUAUUGCGGGAGAAUAUUCUAGACGUUCAAUACUAAUAAUUAAGCGGAUAAAAAAGAAGUCGAUUCUUUUGCCCACUACACCAGACGCCCCCCUUAAGCCCCGCCCGAAACAAUUCUAGCUACGAGCCUUUUGGCACGAUUCGGAUGAUUACCUCACUAUUUCACUGAUUCCUCGACCUUUAAUCGAUUGUAUCGAUCCUAAAACCAGUACAAUAACAAAAAUGACCUGUACAUGACAGUAAAAUACUCGUACUUCAUUUCAGUCAAAUCGAAAUAAUACAUUUCGGUGACAAUAUUUCUUUAUUAUCGGUUACAGUGGUUACGUGUCUGGUCCCGUAACCUGUUGAGAGCAUUACUUAAAAGUAACCGGUUAGAAUAAGCAUACAAGAGUAAAUGAAUAUUUUAUUAAAUAAUUUUCAAGGCAUUCUAUGAGUAUAAAAGCUGUUCGAGCGGAGCAAUGCCAUCAAAUAUGACCUAACUUCACGGCUUGUGUGCAAUUUGCGACCAAUACAAUAAUGAACGAAUGACACCUAUGGUUAAAGUUUAAAGUGUUUGUCUUUGGCUACUUUACCUUUGAUUGAAUCACCUGAGCGUUCUCGUUUUCUAACGGUCAUAACAGGGAGAACCACUCUGAGCAAAGCUUGUGUAUCAUAUUUCAUAAAAUGUAUCGAGCAAAGUAAAACAAAAGAUGAAUACGCGGUUUUACCAUCACAGUUCACAUGCUAGAAAAUUACUAACAAAUUACCAACAGUAUAAGUAGUAAUUUUGCUAGCGUAUGAUCUCUAAAGAUAAAAUCGCGUAUUUAACUUUGUUAUUCUUUGCCCUAAAACUGCAGCAUAAACACAGUUGAUCGUGUUCUAUUUUAUCCAUGUUACGUUCAAUAGUUCUCGGAACCCCAGAACCUUCUUUCUGAAAAUUACACAUCUAUCUUUUUGGAAGUUGAAAGAAUUAACUUAAUCUGUCAGUAAUUAGAUUUUAUUUAAUCGCAAUGCAACACGCAGUCUACAUUUUAUUCGGAAUUUGAUUUGGACUAGAUCAACGAUGCGUGUGUUUUGCACUUGCGGAUAUUCUUUAUCAAAACAAGAUCCCCGUGCGUAUGGUUCAUCAGGGAAAUUUAUCUAAGGAAUUUGUAACAAUCCGGAAAGUUAAUCAUACUGCACACUUAAUUGUGAGAAACACAACGAUAUCAGUCAAUCUAAAUUCGCAACUCUCAUGCGCUUUGCAUCGCCGCAACAAAAUCGUUAUUUACAUCGAUGCGGAACUUAAUCGACACGUGAUCGUGGUGAUCACCCCAACCAAUUUAAUUACACACUAGUCUACUGCACUUAGACACUUAGCCUAAUGACAAGUUUUCAUUGCUUUUGUAAUAUAGCAAUGUUUUCCUCUGGGGUAGCUCAUUGUUCAACUGAUAUUUGCUCCGCAUUGAACAUGUUUGAUGGAGGCACUUGAUUUCGCUGCUAAGCUGGUGAUUUGGUGGAAAAUUUCAAGCAUUAUUUUUUCCUAUUUCAUGCCAUUAGAAGAAAAUAAUAAACUUCUCCCAACAAAAUGAGGGUUCCGACGAUGCUUUCGGAGGUGGACGAGCUGCCCUCGGUGCAGCUGGGAGACUAUACGUUGCGAUUCGAGCUAGAGGAUUUGACUCCUUUCGGGAAAGAGGUAGCUAAGAAUGAGCUUCGUGAAACACCCGAGAUCAAAGCCAAAGCCGUCGAAGAGCUGAGGGAACUACUGAAAGGUCAAGACGAACUGGUGGUACCCCUGGAUAAUGACGAUUGGUUGGUUCGAUUCCUACGGCCGUGCAAGUACUACCCGAAGAGUGCACUCGAACUUAUCCAACGUUACUACCAGUUCAAGGUCAAACACUCGGACAUGUACAUGGACCUGAGUCCCUCGCGGGAGGUUAACAUUUUCAAACAAAACAUCCUGGCCGUAUUUCCGAACCGAGACCAAUUGGGACGUCGAAUCCUGCUGCUCGAGCUCGGCAAACCGUGGAAGCACAAAGAAGUCUCGCUGGACGAGGUGUUCAAGGGUAGCGUUUUGUUCCUGGAGGCAGCCAUGCUGGAACCGGAAACACAGGUUCACGGCGCUGUCGUCAUCUUUGACAUGGAUGGCCUUACCAUGCAGCAAGCGUGGCAGUUCACGCCACCGUUCGCGAAACGCAUCGUCGACUGGCUGCAGGACGCCGUUCCCCUCCGCAUCAAGGGCAUUCACAUCAUCAACCAGCCAAAGAUUUUCAACAUUGUGUUUGCUCUGUUUAAGCCAAUUUUGCGGGAGAAACUCCGCACUCGUAUCGUGUUUCACGGUAGCGAUCGGGAGUCACUCUACAAACACAUAUCUAAGGAAUGCCUGCCGCCGUGUUAUGGCGGAACUGUUAAUGCACCUCGCGUCCAGGGUGAACAGUGGUUCGAGCUAUUGCUUAAGUGUGAUGGCGAGUAUACCGCAAUCAACAAGUAUGGCUACGUCAAACAGCUGGAGGAGAUUAGGAACAAGAAAAAUAGAAAGAAGUGAAGCCAAAAAAAAGACAAGCUGCAAAAUAGCUGAAAAAUGACAAAUCGAUUUAUCGAUACCAAGAAACGGAAAUGUGAUGAAUAACCAGGAUAAGAGAAUCUUAAUAAAUUAUUUGAGGGAUAGUACCUAAUUCUACUACGAAAAGUUUAAUCAAGGAUAAACAAUUCGAGCUCAAUCAUUCCUACAGUGAUUCUAAACAUUAUUUAUUAGUUCUAUAAUUCUCUUCAAGAUUAGUAAUUUAGCCAUAGUAAAUAAAAACAAUUAACGCUCAUAGCUUUCAUAACUAAGGUGAGCAAGGGAGGUUAACUUUAGAAAAUUUACAGCGCAGAACCCAUUCAUGAAUUACUCGGUGCUAGGAAAUAACAGCCGUUUAAACGCAGCAUUAAUUUUGACGGUAAUUAAUGUUACACGUGUUAUCUUCAUACUGCGUAGGUUAGUUCAUUUGAAUUACGCAGAGGAGAAAUUACGCUAAACUAAAAUAAACUUGUUAAUUGAUGUGUUGUCACAUCAUCCCAUCUAGUAUAAUCUAAUAUUUUUAUUCAUCUGGCAUGAACUUAUGUCCACUUUUUUACAGUUCUCAAUUAGUUCUACGAUUAUCUGAACUCUUCAAUAUCGGUAAACUUUUUUAUCCAGUCCAAACUUUUCAAAACUCGCCGAAACUAUUUUGGUAGGAGACGAGGUUUCUCCCUUGCCAUAAAAUUUUGAUGUUAAUGAGAACAAUUAAAUUUAGUUGGAUCCAUGGUACUAUAACUAGGCGGUAAUUGCUCACCAUGUGCAUCCAUAUGUAUGUAUAAACUUCAUCAAAUUGAAUGAGUCCUGCGCCAUAGUAGACAAUCUAAAAUUAACUGGUGAAUCAGGUGUGCUAUUAUCAUAACAAAAAGUUAGCUAAUUAUGAUACAAUCUCGAUCUUUCGAUAGGAUUUUUUUUCAUAUUUAUAAUAUUGUUUAUUUUAGAUUCAAGAUACCAGUUUUUAUUUGUCACUUACGAGAUAAAUGUUACAGUACUUUAAACGUCUUAAAUUAAUAUUCAUAAAGUGCAGGGCUUAAAUAAUGUGUCGUGUAAAUCAAGAGGUGACAUGUUCAAUAUAAUUGAACUUGCCCCAAGGUGGCACAAAUUUCUAAUAA